AUGGAGAAUCAGUAUUAUGCACCGCCACAUGUGGAUGCAUCUAGGCCAUCACUAGGAUUUCCACUUGGAACUGCUGUUCUGUUGAUUGUCAUAUUUAGCUUGAGUGGCAUAUUUUCUUGCUGUUACCAUUGGGAUAAGCUUCGCUCUCUACGCCGCUCUUUUGCUGAUCUUGAAGCUGGCAUGGAUCCUACUUCUUUGAAAUCUAAGCAAAAUCACAUGAAUUGGAAGCAAAGCCAAAGCACAAUUUUGCCAGCAGUUUUAAUGCCAGGUGAUGAUGUUCCAAAAUUCAUAGCAAUGCCAUGUCCAUGUCAGUUUCCUAAACCGGAAAAGGUUGUUGGAGAGUCGCACAAAUUACCGCCACCGCUACCUUCGCCUCCUAAGCCGCCACGCACGGUGGCAGCAGUACCUUUCUACUUGUAAAAAAGAAAAAGGAAAAAAAAGCUUUUGAUUUAGGACUUGAAAUCA